CAUAAACUGAGGUGCAUUUACACUUCCUGUAGCUCACACAUACACAGCGAGGCACAGGGGAAGUGAAGAAAUCUGUUAAUUACAGAGGAUUUUGACAAACUGUUUGCUCUGUGUGACCCUCUCUUCGGUUCAUCUUUCACUUUAAAAUCAUUAGGCAUUGUCAGAGCAAGACGAAACUGAGGAGAGAGUGAACACUAUGGCAACUAAUGUGGUAAUGCAGCAAUCACAGGUGCCAUCUGUGUGGGCUGGGCAGUCGAAUGGCUGGAACACAGGAAUCUGUGCAUGCUUUGAUGACAUGUCUAUCUGCUGCUUGGGAUUCUGGUGCCCUUGCAUUUUGCCCUGCAAGACGAGCGCAGACUUCGGAGAAUGCUGCUGCCUCCCCCUGCUGGACUCCAUGUGCACAAUACCCAUGUGUGUACCCCCCGUGGCCUUAGCCAUGAGGGUUGGGGCACGCAACAGAUACAACAUCCAGGGGAGUAUGUGCACAGACUGCUUCACCGCAACCUUCUGCAACACGUGCACCUGGUGCCAGAUUGCCCGGGAGAUAAAACAGCGCAAACGGAACAUGAUCGUGGUCAAUGCCCAGCCCAGUGUCACUGCACCUCUUGUCAUAAAUUCCGCAGCCAUGCCACCUGGGGCACCUGGGGCACCUGUAUUUGCAAAUUACUCAGUCCGCUAGCCCCAGCUCCAGGCCCAGAGCCCCUGAUCAUAUGAGUAAUCAUGUGACUGCCCGAUGUGUUUUGCUAUUAUGCCCUCAAUUUUGCAUUAAAAAGUACUGCAAAAUAUGGUGUCUCGGUGGCGCAGCCUCCAGGGCACUGACCGCAUGCUCGUUGUGAGCCGCGGCGUCAACGGUUCGAAUCCGACCGUCUGGCUAUUUGUCGCAUGUCUUUCCCUCUCUCUCGCCCCCAUUCUUCCUGUCUCUAUAUACUGUCCAAUAAAGCUGAAAAAGGCCUAAAAAAUAUCUUAAAAAAAAAAAAAAAGUACUGCAAAAAUAAACACAAAAUUGUAUUGAGUUUUUACUGUAUUUAUUUGAGUAUAUUGCAAUAUACACUCAGUGACUGCUUUAUUAGGUAGAUUUGUGCAUGUCUCUGUCAUGAUCUGUGGUCUGUGAAUUAAUUUCAUUGUUUAUUAUCGUUUAUUUUUGUCAUUUAUUGUUUGUCAUACUCAUGUUUGUCUUGACAGUCAUGGUAUUCCUGUGUUUGUGUCUGCCUUACCAUGUGCUUGUGUUUUCUUUGUCCUGAACCCCGCCCUCACCUGCCUCUGUUAGCCACGCCCCCUUCGGUUUAUUUACAUAAUCAUUGCCCUGAUUGGUUCCCCCUGUUCCUCGUUUUCUCUGCCUUUUAGUUGCCUCCUCUGGUUAUUUAAGCUCCCCUUUGUUUGGUGUUCUUUUUCAGAUUGUACCAGUAUCUGCCUGUAAGGCUGGUGAGAAACGCUGUCAAAUUUGUGCUCUGCUUACCUUUGCGCUGUUCUGUUUGUAGAAUAUUUUUGUUCCACAUUCCCUGUAACUUCUGAGCCUUGGAUUUUUGUGUUUUACUUGUUCUGAUUUUUGGAGAAUGUUUUUGUUCCACGUUUCCUGUAACUUCUGAGCUUUGGAUUUUUUGUGUUUUACUUUUUAUUCCUGUGGUCGGCUGUUCUGCAUUGUCUAUUUUUGAGGACUUAAUAAACCCUGUUUUUGCGCUCCA